AUGAAUAGGGACUUCAACAACACGGUCAAUAUGACUGCCGAUGAGUUGGAGGAAUGGCUCAAGGGGUCUACUUCGCGCGAGUCAGGCUGGUCGAAGGGCGAUGACUCCGGAGAAACCAUCGGUCAUGAAAGCGGCAGGAAGAUCGUCGAGCUCUUGAGAAAGAAUCCAGAGAAGGAUCCGUCCAAGUAUGACGAGGAAGAUAUCGCGCAUAUGAGGAAGGUCGCGGCGUACAACAAACGCCACCUGGCGCAGGAAGAGGAAAAGGCCAAGCAAGACCCCGACUCCAAGGCUUUCCGCAGUCUGAGAAACUGGGGUCACGAUGCCAAGAAGUCGUGA